GGGGAGAAGGUGCAAACAGUCUGGGGGCUCGGAGCUCGCGCCCUGUGCCCCACCCAGGCUGCGGCCGGGCGGGGAGGAAGCGCGUAAAGGUUGAGUGCAAAGUUUCCCUUUCUGCUUUCUCGUCAGAGCAGCCCCAACCGGCGGUGGGCUGCAAUGCCGGACUUCAGUUUGUAGGUGCUCCGGAGCCGAAGGGGUUAAAGCAAGCGACUCCCUACCCCCAACCCCGCCGCCUGCUUCACAAGCCCAGGCGGCCAGCCAUGGGCGGCCGCGAUCACCUGUUCAAAGUGCUGGUGGUGGGGGACGCCGCGGUGGGCAAGACGUCGCUCGUGCAGCGAUAUUCCCAGGACAGCUUCAGUAAACACUACAAGUCCACGGUGGGAGGGCAGGAGCGCUUCACCUCCAUGACUCGACUGUACUAUCGGGAUGCCUCAGCCUGCGUUAUUAUGUUUGAUGUUACCAACGCCACGACCUUCAGCAAUAGCCAGAGAUGGAAGCAGGACUUGGACAGCAAGCUCACCCUGCCUAAUGGAGAGCCUGUGCCCUGCCUGCUCUUGGCCAACAAAUGUGACCUGUCCCCUUGGGCAGUGAGCAGAGACCAGGUUGACCGGUUCAGUAAAGAGAAUGGUUUCACGGGUUGGACAGAAACAUCAGUCAAGGAGAACAAAAAUAUUAAUGAGGCCAUGAGAGUCCUCAUUGAAAAGAUGAUGAGCAAUUCCAGAGAAGAUAUGUCUUUAUCCACCCAAGGGGACUAUAUCAAUCUACAGACCAAGCCCUCCUCCAGCUGGGCCUGCUGCUAAUAGUGUCUGGCUUAUUUUCUCUCCUACGUUUAGGAGGUCUUUUCAUCUCUUCCCUUCGGAUGCCCACCCAGCAAUCUUAUUAAUCUUAUUAAUCUUAUUAAGUACGUUUGGACUGUCUCCUGCCAGUUAUCCGGGAAGGAGGACCAUCGCCACUAAGGAAAGACCUGGGACUUGUGUGCCUUUCUGCAUCUCGCAAAUUCCUACUUGUUGCCGGCUCCCGUGGCUCAGUACCUUCUGUAUAAGAGAGAUCACCUUAUCCCUCAUUUUGUGAUCCCAGAAUUUUGUGGGGAGCACUAGAAAUCAGCACCUGUAUUUUAAGGAUCCUAAUUGCCACC